UCAAUGUUAUGUUCGAAUAUUGUAUAAACAGACAGGCUUCCUGGUAUAUGUAAUAUUUUUUGCACAAUUAAUUCUUAAAUUUUGUGGAUCUGAUUUACAUUAACAGCAACAGAUAAUGGUACAGAGUUGGCAUUGUUGCAGUAUGUGGUGCUAUUGACUAUGUAUAAUUUGAUCAAGUGCAAAACAAAAAUCAGAUGGGACCAAGAAUACGUCUCUGAGGACCCCCACAAAAUAACCCACUGUCCUCAGUUUGGAAACUGCAUGCUAACUAUUUAGAGCAAGGAUCAUGGUGUCCAACAUUGAUUCAGAGUCAUAGGCAUUCCUUUUAUAAAUAUAUUUAGGACACUCUGAUCAAAGAAGAUCAGAUCAGAAGACUGAACUGAACUGUUUUGUAAGGCUCAGCGGAUCAACCACACACCGGGUGUCGCGUGUCAGUGACCACAGCCUGUUGGAAUCUGAGCUGGGGUGGUGGGGGGGUAACCAGUUCGCUGUGCACGGAUCAAGUCCUCCACGUUUGCCAGUGAUAGCAUGUCAUUACUGAUCACACGAGAAGCUCCAGAUAACCGAACAGAGUCGGCAGGUCCAAAGAUGCUCCAGAGACGCAUACUGUAGGCCCCAACUGCAUCUACUGUGCGUAAUGACAGCAUCAGUGUGCCCUUCAGCUUAGCAGCAGGUCUUUUGAGGAGAGCUUGUAUACAGCUGCAAAUCCCCAGUAAUGGCCAUUGACACAUAAAGGAUUCCAGAUCCACUGACAGAGGCAAUAUUAAGGAUACCCAUCUUCCUCGUUUCUGUGGAUCAAAUUUCAACCAGGAUUCCCCUCAGGUAAGAUAGGUUAGGGGCCUUGGUGUCAGUGCCAUUGGAGCAGUGUGCACUGGAGACAAAAGGAGGACUCGGGAUACUCAGGAGAUAUCUGUGCUGAACUGGAGGUCUAAAGAAACUGGGAACAAUGUCUCAUCAGACAGGUAUCCAUGCGACUGCGGAUUUGAGGCAGUUCCUGGUCAAAGCAAGGCAAGGAGCCAUCAGAGUCAUAAAGAUUGUCAUAAGGAGUGAGCAAUUGGUGUUGGGGUCCUACAGAGAGCCCUCUCAGAGCUGGGACCGGGACUAUGACCCAUGUGUUCUGCCUCUGUUGGAUUUGUCGGAGCCAUGCUACAUCCUGUUCCGUCUGGACACGCAGAACCAGCAGGGCUACGAGUGGCUCUUCAUCUCUUGGUCUCCAGAUCAGUCGCCUGUGCGAUUGAAGAUGGUGUAUGCUGCCACUCGUGCCACACUGAAAAAGGAGUUUGGUGGAAGUCACAUCAAAGAUGAACUAUUCGGAACCACGCAAGAGGAUGUGUGUUUUCAGGGUUACCUUCGCCACAUGUCCUCUUCCUCCAGCCCUGGUCCCCUUACUGCAGCUGAGCAGGAGCUCCAUCAGAUCAAAGCCACGGAGGAGGAGCGAAGACGAGUCAGUACUCCGGCUGGGAGAGGAAAGACACAGAUAAGUGUGGAGAGUAAGCCUCUGAAUCUGCAGGGCUUAGCGUUCCCAUUACAGGAGGAAGCUAAACGAGCUUUACAGCUACUCAAACAAAGGCGCAUCAACUACAUCCAGCUUAGGCUGGACACUGAGAGAGAGACAAUUGAGCUGGUCCAUACCAAUCCUACAGAGAUUCGUGAGCUGCCGGCCCGAAUCCCUGCUGAUGCUCCUCGCUAUCACUUCUUCCUGUAUAAACACUCGUAUCAGGGCCAGAGUGUGGAGGCUGUGGUAUUCAUCUACUCCAUGCCUGGGUACAGCUGUAGCAUCAAGGAGCGGAUGCUCUACUCCAGCUGUAAGAACCGGCUGCUGGAGGAGGUGGAGAGGGAUUACUGCAUAGAGAUCAGUAAGAAGAUGGAAAUAGACAGUGGAGAAGGCUUAACAGAAGAGUACCUAUAUGAAGAAGUUCACCCUAAGCCACAGGCCCUGAAACAAGCCUUUGCCAAGCCAAAGGGCCCUACAGGGAAACGGGGUAACAAGCGUCUGAUCAAGGGAGUAGGGGAGAACGGCGAAGAGAGCUAGAACAAAGCUGCGUGAACUGAGACGAAGCCUCCAGAAACGCUCACCUGGAACCUGCUGUCUGACUUCUCUUUCCGUUGUUCUGCCUUCAUUAACACUCAUGUGUUCUUGCUAAAAGUUCUGACACCCACUGUAAUCACAAGGCCACAAAUAUUAAACAAAACCCUCUGAUUAUUUUGCAUAAUAUUCAAAUAAAACUUGUUUCUGUACAUUUAA